AUGGCGAUCUUCUCUGACAUUAUUGAAGAUUCGAUGGAAGUGUUCAUGGAUGAUUUCUCUGUCCAUGGACCUUCCUUCGAUGAAGGCAUCGUCCUCGGACACAAGAUCUCCGACAAAGGCAUUGAGGUUGAUAGGGCAAAAAUCGAGGUGAUCGAGAAAUUACCGCCCUCGCACAAUGUUAAAGCCAUCCGCAGUUUCCUUGGUCACGCCGGUUUCUACCGUUGCUUCAUUGAGGUUGAUAGGGCAAAAAUCGAGGUGAUCGAGAAAUUACCGCCCUCGCACAAUGUUAAAGCCAUCCGCAGUUUCCUUGGUCACGCCGGUUUCUACCGUUGCUUCAUCAAGGAUUUCUCCAAAAUCACCAAACCCCUCACCGAUCUCCUCUGUAAGGAUGUGCCUUUCGUUUUCACUAAUGAUUGCCUUGCAGCUUUUGAAACGCUCAAAAAGGCGUUGAUUUCCCCGCCCAUCAUUCUGUUGGUUUAG